UGCGGGUUCACAACACCGCAGACGACAGCAACAGCCUGCCUACUUCUUGCAUCCGUGGUGAUACGUUAGGGUAAGGUCUGCAUUGGAAUAGCAGCCAUGGAAAGAAGCAUGAAUUUUGAUGAGAUUCUUUCUCAUAUUGGGGGCUUUGGCAAGUUCCAGAAGAGCCUGUAUGUGUGGAUUUGCCUCCCCCAGAUCUUGCUGGCGUUCCACAUGCUGAUAUCCAUAUUCACAGGGGCCGUCCCCCCUCAUCUCUGUCGCUCCACCAACACCACCUGGCCCUUGACCGCCAGCUCAGACCCUCCCAAUUUCAACUUCAGCCUGGUGACCGGCCCAGACGGUGACCCAGGCCAGUCCUGCUCUGCCCCUGGGGGAUCCCUGGCACCGCUGGCCCAGCUGAAUCACAGCACUGCCCUAGCCCUUAGUGACAGCCACGCCACUGAGGGUUGCCAAGGGGGAUGGGAAUUCAGCAAGGAGACCUUCCACAGCACCGUGGCAACCGAGUGGGAUCUGGUGUGUGACCACGCCAAUCUAAACAAUGUUGGUUCCUCAAUCUACAUGUUUGGUCUUCUGGUUGGCGCUGUGCUGUUUGGUUUCUUAGCUGAUAAGUAUGGACGCAGGAACAUAAUCCUGGUUGGUUUGACUAUCCAGUCAACCUGUGGGGUCGGAGCUGCGUUUGCCCCAAAUUUCUACGUGUAUGUUUUCCUCCGCUUUGUUGUUGGAACCACUAUUUCUGCUGUCAUCAUGAACGCAUUUGUUUUAGGCACAGAGUGGACAGGAUCAAAGCACCGCAUGCUAGCUGGGAUCAUCACCGACUACUUCUUUGGGUUUGGCUACAUCAUCCUGGCAGGCCUGGCCUACCUCAUCCGAGACUGGCGUAAACUCCAGCUGGCCAUCUCAGCACCAGGCUUCCUCUUCAUCUUCUACAUUUGGGUCCUACCAAAGUCGGCUCGGUGGCUGAUGGCCAACCAGAGGUACGAGGAGGCCAUGGAUCUGGUCAGGAAAGCAGCUCUGAUGAACGGCAAACCCCUGCGGGAGGACAUAGAGAUAUGUCAGGGGUACAAAGACAUGGUGAAGAUAGAGGAGAGGACAAAGCACACAGUCAUUGACCUGGUCCGAACUCCAAAAAUGAGGAGGAGCUCAUUGAUCAUGUUUUACCUGUGGUUUGUCAACGUGCUGGUCUACUAUGGCCUGUCCCUCAACAUCUCUGACUUUGGGAUGAGCAUCUACCUGACCCAGCUUAUCUUUGGCCUGGUGGAGAUGCCUGCUCGCACCAUCACUCUCUUCACCCUCAACCGCUCCAGGAGGGUAUCCCAGAUAGCCUUCCUCACUGUGGGAGGCCUAGCCUGUCUGCUCACUGUCUUCAUUCCUGAUGAUCUCUCCAUUAUUAGAACAAUCCUGGCCAUGGUGGGAAAGUUUGGGAUCACCGCCUCCCUGUCCAUAGUCUACAUCUAUUCAGCAGAGGUUUUCCCUACUGUCAUAAGGCAGAGUGGGAUCGGUAUGGGCUCCAUGUGUGCCCGGGCAGGGGGAGUCCUGGCCCCAAUCAUCUACCUGUUGAGGGGUGUCAGUAAGAAGGCUCCAAUGGUUCUGUUUGGCCUGUGUACUCUGCUAGGGGCAGCCCUCACCCUGCUGUUGCCUGAGACAGUCCACCAGCCCCUGGCUGACAACAUCCAGGAUGUGGAGGGAUCCAGCAUCAGUGAGGACUCAGAGGAAGGGAACAUGAAACCAGACCUCUAUGAGGAAUGUCCAACAAGGAACCAGACAUCAUAAACGGAAGAACUUAGUGUGGGACAAGCCACCAGUCCGCACCGGAUUGACUUCUACGCGGAAAGACCAUUAGCCCAAGGAACUCAACUGUGCAUUGUAAGCUAUCUGCUAAGAGCGCUUGAACAAAGUUGUAGCUCGUAAAGCUAUUUCCUAUUUCGUACAUAAGACAAUGAUGUCACUUAACUGACAUGUUUAUACAGUUUUGCUUUAUAUUGCAAAAAAUGUUUUUUUUUUGUGAAAAGAUGUACAGUAUAUAGAUUUUUAUGGUGACUAUCAGUUCAUAUAUUGGUUGCUAAUGAAGUACAGUAGAAACAGUUCAUUUAUGCACUAAAUAUAAUUUCUUAUCUUCUGUAUACAAUGAGUGUACAAAACAUUAGGAACACCUGCUCUUUCCAUGACAGACUGACCAGGAGAAUCUAGGUGAAAGCCGUAUUGAUGUCACCUGUUAAAACCACUUCAAUCGGUGUAGAUUAAGUGGAGGAGACAGGUCAAAGAAGGACUAUGAAGCUUUGAGACAAUUGAGACAUGGAUUGUGUAUGUGUGUCAUUCAGAGGUGAAUAGGCGAGACAAAAUAUUUCAGUGCCUUUGAACUGGGUAUGGUAGUAGGUGCCAUCCAGCCAAUUUGACACAACUGUGGGAAGCAUUGGACUCAACCUGGGCCAGCAUCCCUAUGGAACGCUUGUGACACCUUGGGAGAGUCCUGGCCCUGACAAAUUAAGGAUGAGCAAGUCAAUAUUAGGAUUAGGAUAUUAUAAUGUUUUGAACACUCAGAGUAUACUGUCAUGGACACACCUUUGUGUGGUUCGAAUAGCCUUGUGCUCUUUCUAUCCAAAUAUUUUUGCUGGUGCUUCCUGAACCGGAUCUCACUCCCCCGUCCCUUCCCUGUCUGUUAUCUAGUAGGUCUUCCUGAGUGCCUGUCCUAUCAGUUUACACACCCCUACAGCACCGCUCAUCCCUAACAGGUUCACCUUGAGAUGUGAACUCAGUUCCAGCCAGCAAAUGCCUUACUGUUCAUCAUGCAUUGUGAUUUCAUAGAAAGACCCAAGUGUCCACGCUGUGAAAGAGCAGAACCAAUUAUGCAAAAUUUCACACAUAUGCAAGUUGAAUAGGGAACCAUUUUUUCUAUUUGAUAAUAAACUCUGAAUUUUGUAUUUGACACUCCUAACUCUCACUUUUAGACGUGAAUGUGUUUGAAGUGGUUGAUCCAUGAUCAUGAUGAGUCUUUCUGUGCAGUAAGUUUGACUCGUUCUCCAGCACAGCAAGGCUGCUCCCCAGUGUUUGUCAGAUUACCAUGUUGAAAUACUAACCAUCUGCGUGCGACCUUCUUCCAGCCAUGGAACCUCGAGGUCCCAGCGUCAUCUCCAAGAUGACCCAGUCACAGGUCUCUAUAGGGUCAGCAGAUAUGCUGUGGCGAGCCCUAAUACAAGACAAGGAAGCCAUUGUACAAGAGAGGGAUGGAUGGACUGAAUGAUGAACCAUCAUGACAGUGCCCUCUCUUCAAACACAAAGUUUACAUUUCACAUUUCCAUUACGUUAUUAAUACUUCUACUGAAGGCUUUCAUUCUGAGCGGUUACACUAAGUGUAUGACGUAAAGCAGUGGAACGGCAGCACUAACAGCAGAGAAACAGAUCCUAGUUUGUGAUCUUCAACAUUGGGUGGAGCAGGAUAGAAAAAGUAAUUUUAGGACUGUGGUUUGGGUUGGAACUUAUCAUUUGUUAUUACAGUGAAUGAUUUAACAGGUCUGAAUUGUUCCGUUGUCAUUGUAAGGCUUAAGAGAGAAAAGCCACAAAUUAUUGUUUUGGAUGAAAUACAGUGUUUGCCUUGCAGUCAUGUAGGCUAACCCACUGUAAUAUAUGUUAAGUAACGAGUCGGGGCUCGUUGUGUUACUGAUCACUGCCACUCUCUGGAGAAAAGUGGUACUUGCUUCUAUUCUGACAUCAGGUGCUGUAUACAGUAUAAGUACUGUAAGGAAGCACAAGCAUUAUGAUCACAGAUAUUGUGUUACAAUAUGUGCAUUACCUUUGUACUGUUCUGUGCAAUCAGCACUUUUAUACAUACAUAAUACAUACGUUUCAGAUGUAUAGAACCAAAGUACGACUGGAAAAUUGUAUCCACGCUGUGAGGGGGGAAAAAGAGAAAUUAAACUUCAUUUAUAUAAGAUAGUUCUGUUUACACAAUGUCCGCUAUGCUGCGUGUCAUUUCAAAAAGGCUUAUAGCCAAUGGUGAGGGGCAGCUAAGGGGUUGACUAAAUGCCAGUGUUAAUAGACUCCACCUCAUUGUGGGGAACAACUGCAGGUUCUGUGCUCUCUGACUGACUGAGUAGCUGGCACAGGCAUGUAGCAUGGCUGUCAGUGAUUCACUGCUCAUGGGGCAUUAGAAAACAACUGGCAUUUCAAUUAUUUUCAUUUCAAUUAUAACAGAGGAUUCUGAGAGGCAACAGCUGCAAGUACCCACUUGACCAUCCCCCCCAUGACACUGACAUACAGGGAGCUGUUCUACCCUUCUUUGUCUGUGAGAGCUUUGACUGAAUAUUUCAUGGUUGUAGUGGCAUUGUCUGUGGCAAUGCAUGUAUGUAAAGUAGGCCUACUGUCAUUGUAAAACGUGAUGUGAAAAGAUCCAUUGUUCGAAAUUACAGAGAAGCUAGUCUGAAACAAGGGUCAAACUGUAGGCUAACCUCUCCAUAGAUUACCAUGCCCACACUGGCAUUUGCUCUGGUAUUAUGCUGAGUGUCACGAUUUCCGCCGGAGUUGGUCCCUCUCCUUGUUCGUUCGGCGGUCGAAGUCACCAACGUUCUAGCCGUCGCUGAUCCUCUUUUCAUUUUCCUUUGGUCUUGUCUUGUAUCACACCUGGUUCCAAUCCCAUCAAUAAGAUGUUGUGUAUUUAACCCUCUGUUCCCCCUCAUGUCCUUUUCGUGAUUGUUUAUUUGUAAGCUAUGUUCAAGUUAUGUUCUGGUAUGCGACGGGUUUUCUACCCACUUGUAUUAUUUUGUAUAUUUUGGUUUUUGGAAUUUUUGAGCAUUUAUUGAACUGCUCCAUUUAUACUAAGUUCGAUCUCCUGCGCCUGACCCUGCCACCAGCACGCACCCCCUUACACUGAGAAUGUUUACACUAGGCCUAUGCAAAUACUUUCCAGAUCCCUGUUUCUAGAAU